AUGGUGACAGCCAAUGCUGACGCUUUGCAAGAGGCAGACCACGUCUUUUCUGCUCAGUGGAACGUGAGGGUUUUUGUCGCUGGCGCAACCUUUCUGGUGUGUAUCCGUUGUUGGAGACUCGUACUCGUGCUACCUCCCCAUCAUGCUCACUCAAAGCUAAAGCUGGCAGAGUACAUCCAAACCCUGGAGCUAGAAGUUUCACUGGUUUGGCCUAGUCCAUGGAAUCACGUCAAGAUCGUUUAUUUUCUCAAUCGCUUGGUGCCUUUCAUGAUUAUCAUAUGCGGAAUCUACUGGGGUGUUGCUUUAUCCAUCUUGAUUUCAGAAUUAAUAUUGUACUUCCGGGUUUACGCCCUCUCUGGAAGAGGGCGGGUUAUCAAGCAUUUCAUUGUGAUCAACGGCGUUCUCAUCUGGGCGUCGUCGUUGGCGUUAGUCGGGAAGUACCUGGAGCUAGGAACAUGGACUACGUACGAGUCUAACAGCCGCAUCCUGGGAUGCACGACAAGUUCCACUUCUGCCAAUCACUCUCAAUUGAUUAUGAUUAGCUAUGCCAUACUCCUAUACAGCGGGAUCGCCAUGAUGGUUCUGUCCGUCUACUACGGCCUUCGCGGCUAUUGGCGAUCCAAACACAGUCCCCUGGUUAAAGUUUUCUACCGAGACGGCACGUUUUACUUUAUCGCUUUGACAGUAAUGGCCACUUUAAACGGGGUCGCAGCAAUCCUUCUUCCAUGGCAGUAUCGGUUCUUAAUGGCAACGUAUGUCUAUUCACCAGUUCCAGAUACGAUGCUUGCUGACGAUGACACGAAGUCCCCAAGUCGUUAUACAUACCACUUUGUCGACUCGGAUGACUUUACAUCUGAGAGAGGCAGGGCAAAUCGGCAUUAUCGGGUUCAGUGA